AUGGUAGCCGACGAAACUCAACACGGGCAGGCGGAUUUACCAGAGAUCGACUUCGAGGAGUUUGAGGGGAAUCCGUCCGCCAUCGACAGGGAGGGCGCCCCCUCCCCUGAGGAGGCCCAACCGUCCACAUCAUCCCCCAGGGUAGACGAUGACGACCCAGAACACACCCCUACUUCAUCUCGGCCCAAGCGUGAGCGCGAGCCCAUACGCGGCAAAGCUCCGGGCUUUUCAGCACGCCAGGCAUACCAGAAACGUCUUGAGGACCCCGCUUUCGUCCCAGUAGUGGGCGAAUUCUGGGGUCACGACGAUCGCCUGCUUGACAAGUCGCUUCGCAGCCUCAGCGGUUGGUGGCGCGGCCGUUGGCAGGGCCGUGGUCGCGGCAUGGGCUUCCGUGGUCGUGGUCGCGGGGGCUACUUCGGUGGGCCCGGUCGACCCGGUCCGGAGGAAGUAGAGCAGGAGAACCUUCCACCGGUUGAACGCACCUGGAGACACGACGGCUUCGAGGAGAUGCAGAAGCAGGAAGAGCAGCGUCGUACUGUCCUCCAGCGCAGGCAAGCACAGCAGCAACCCUUCCCUCGUGGUGCAGGCAACUUCCGCGGACGUGGCUUCGCCCCUCCGAGGGGUGGGUUUGCACCUUUCCGUGGCGGCAUGAACGCGUCGCCGUCAACACGGUCAAACUCGCUCUUCCCACCCCGCGCCUUCUUCGCUAUGAAGCCCGAGAAGGUGUUCACCAAGCAGCACGAAGCCUUCCUGUACUUCGAUGCCGCGCUCAAGCCUCGCCCGGGUCAGCCUCCAGCGUAUCGUGUGCGGGUGGGCGACGAAGCUCCGACGGUGGUACGUGCGACGUCGUACCCGCGGCGGCGCUCGAAUGCGACCAAGUCCACUGUCGCUGCGCCAGAGGCCGCAAUCACCGAGUUUGUGGUGCGACUGCCCAAGUCGACUGGUAAGGCAAAGGCACCUGGUCCGGCGCCCAAGCCAGCCGCCGCAGCUGCGCCUGAACCAGCGCCAACAGAGAAGCCUGCACUGCGGAGGCCUGCCUCACCUGCCCCUGCUCCUGCACCGCCACCACCAAAAGCAGAGUCGCCGAAGGUCGCACCUGUUGAGGCACCUCCUGUCGCCAGCACGUCUCAGCAGCCCCCUCUGCCUCCACCUGUUGAGCCACCUCGGAAGGAGGAGCCCUUCACUGCGCCGCCGCCAGCGUCUGCUCCUGCUUUCGUGCCCGCCGAGCCUCCUGGUUUCGAGUAUCAGCAGCCGCCCCACCUGCCACCGCCACCCGUGUCCGCGCCGGCGCGCCCGAAUCCUGCCCCGAUACAGACAGUGUUCACUCCGCCGCCGCCCCAGUCGCCGUCGUAUGGCUCGCCCUACGGGUACGCGGCCCCGCUACCGCCAGGCGUCGCCUACAACCACAUGGGUGGGGCGUACGAGAUUGCCACCGGCCGCGCUGUAUAUCUCCAGCCACCGCCGCCACCGCCUGCACCCAUGCCCAUGUACGCCCCGCCCCCGCCGCAGCCUGUCAUGUCCGCACCUCAGCCGGUCAUGCACGGGAUGCCCAGCAGCGGGUUCAUGGCCGGGCACCUGCGCCACCACUCGCACGUCUCGACCGACUUCCUUCCGCACCCGCAUACGCCGCUCAGCGCGCACACCCCGCCGGUGGGCAACCUGAUCGACCCCUCGACGGGUGCGCCGAUCUUCGCGCCUCCGCGGCAGACGUCGCGCGUGCAGAUCCGCGCGCCGACGGGCGAGGAGGGGAAGGGGAAGGCGAGUGGGCUGCGCAGCUCGGCGGUGCCGUUCCUGCCGCCGGUUCAGGAGCAGCAGCAGCAACAGCAGCAGCAACAGGUGCAUCAUCAGCCUCAGCCCAGCUACGGGGAGGCGGAUAUGACGGGGCAGGUUGCGCCGGUGAAUGGUGGCUAUAUGGGGUACAACCCGUACCAGCAGUACUACUACCCUGAGAGCUACGGGUAUCCUUACCAAGGCAACCCGUACGAGGCGUAUCCUACGGACCCGCAGGGCGGCUACGAGCAGCAGGUCGGGUACGAGGCCCAGCCUGUCUACGAUCCUCAGACCGGCUACUACCAAUAG